AUGGCUUUGCGGGAACAAAACGACGGCGUUCGGGGGAGGAAGAAGAAGUCGACGAGAGGCCACCACCGGUUCGUGGGAGUCCGGCAGAGGCCGUCUGGGAGAUGGGUCGCGGAGAUCAAGGACUCUCUACAGAAAGUGAGGCUCUGGCUCGGGACAUUCGACACUGCGGAGGAUGCCGCUCGGGCAUAUGAUGGUGCUGCUCGAGCGCUCCGCGGUGCCAACGCCCGAACCAAUUUUGAGCUACCACAGAGUGCUGGGUCCGGGGGCGUGGAGGAAAUUGUGGAGCCCUUUUCGUUUGAGGCGGUGUGUGGGAAUGUGGUGGAAGCUGAUGGGUUGCUGGGUGCACUUAAAGCAAAGUUGCAGGAUGGUAAGGGAAUAACUGGCGUACUCCCACAACCACCACAAGGAACUAGUGGGACGAAACCGGAGUCAGUUAGUCUACGUGGUGCGGUGGCGGGAUUCGUGAACCCGCACAAGGAGGACCCAAUUGUUUUAGAAAAUCAGUGGCAGCAUCAGGUUCACCCUUGUCCAACACCAUCAAACCCAAACAUGGUGUGGACCAAUGAGAGUCAAGCAGCAUAUGAGCAAGUGCCUAAUUGGUCCACGUGGUCGAAUAACAACAUGCCGUAUGUACCAGAACAAUGCGUUAUGGAGCCUCCGUUGCCAAUUGCAAGCAUUGGCGAUGCUAAAGUGAUGGCGGCGGGCACGCAGCAGCUGUCACAGAUUGAUGGUAAUGGUGGUGGUGGUGGUGCUUGGUGUUCAGAUCAGCAGCAGUUUUUGCACUGUGACAGUAGCAAUUGGGGAGGAGCUAAUGGCAGUUGGGAUCCUCUUUUUUAUGCCUCAUCUGUGCUGGGGUGA